AUGCCCCAUGGCGGAGCAAACGAGAGAUGUCCGGGACCGGAUGGAGAGACUGCACCAGAGCCGGUGAAGAGAAGAGAGGAAGCGACACUACAAGUCACAAAAGCAGCGCUUUUAUAUGAAGAUACGAGUCAUCGCUCAAUCUUAAACUCUAUUAUGAUACUGCUACUUAUCAUCGCUGUUUUAGUCGUGGUCGUAAGUUAUUACCGAUGGCAACUGGAUUACUGGAAGCGACGAGGCAUUCCAGGACCGCCAGGAAUACCAUUUCUUGGAAACUUAUAUUCACUGACAGACAGGUCGCGACCUGUUGGUCUUGUUGUAAAAGAGUGGACAAAGGUCUACGGCAAAGUGUACGGUAUUCAAGAAGGAUUGCGAAGAACGUUGGUCGUCAGUGACGUCGAAAUUAUUCGUGAACUAUUCAUGACGAAGUUUGAAUGCUUCUACGGUAGAAAGGUAGUAUCUGCAACGAAUACAUCCUUGAGAUACCGCUGCAGUGCAAGCCGGGUUCGAGCCACAUGGAGAACACCGGGACAUUCUAAAGCUAACCAUGUCCUUGCUGGAGAUGUUGAGAAUGAUGCACGUGUUCACCUCUUUGAAUCACAAGGUAUGAGAUGGAAACGACUGCGAGCCAUUGCGAGUCCUGCUUUUUCUUCUGGCGCGCUGAAGAAGAUUCGACCAACUGUAGAAGACUCUGUUUUGGCACUAAUAGAACUCUUUGAUAAACGAGCAGACCAACGAGCAUUUGAUAUUUUAACAUUUUACAAACAGUUUGCUAUGGACGUGAUCUCUCGCAUUGCAAUGGGACAAAAAGGGUCGAGGAUGUUUGUCGACGACAAGAUGUCGAGCGUUGACAAAAUAUUUCGCCGAAACAUGCGACAUCCCAUAUUCUUCACUGCCGUCAUCGCACCCAUUUUUCGGGUACCAUUAAGGAAACUUUUCUUCUUAACUGCUUCUAAACUGAAGCAGAGCACAUCGCCAGCUAUAUUUGAGAAAAUCUACAGAGCUAUUGAUGCUAGGAUAGAAGAACGGGAACGUACUGUAGCUGUAGGAGAUGAAGCAUCAAACCCUAUUGAUUUCAUCGACUUCUUCUUGGACGCAAGAGCUGAACAAAAGUUCGACAGCCAUGUCGAGUUUACAAGAACGGACGCUCACGUAACAAAACAGUUGACACGAGAAGAAAUUGCCGCACAGUGUUUCAUGUUCCUUCUGGCAGGGUUCGACACCACUGCUAAUUCAUUAGCAUAUGUCACCUAUUUAUUGGCAAAAAAUUCAGAAUCUCAACGACGACUUCAAGAAGAAAUUGAUCAUUUCUGCUGUUCUGAAGCCGUUAGCUACGAAACGUUGGGCUCCAUGAGGUACCUCGACUGUGUAAUUAAAGAAGGGCUACGAAUGUAUCCGUUAGCAAGCAAUGCAAAUUCGCGUCGCUGCAUGAAGUCGACCACCCUGGGACACAUACAGGUUGAGGAGGGCGAAUAUGUGUUAGCGGACACAUUCACUUUACACCACAGUCCCGAAGUUUGGGGCGAGGAUGCUGACGAAUUUCGACCAGAGAGAUGGAUGGACAAAGAGCGGCCAGUAGCUGCUUGGUUAUCGUUUGGGUUGGGACCUCGACAGUGCAUCGGAAUGAGACUGGCUCGAAUGGAGGAAAAGCUCGUUCUCGCACAUCUGUUGAAGCGAUACGACAUAGUGGCAACCUGUGACACUGAGAAUAGUCUCACUCUAAGAGGAUCAAUGACGAUUUCACCAGCUUCUGUCACUGUCCAAUUGAGAAGAAGGAAAGUGGUCCUAUGA